AUGGUUUCAUGUUCUGAUGAUGAUGUACCACUCGCUCAAAGCAUGCCAACGGCACUCACAGCACAAAAGUCUAUUCGACGACAAUUGCGCGAUGAGCGUCACCAACGGAAGAUUCAGCGUGCGAAGAGUACUCGCGCAGUAAUGCCAUCCGAACGACCUCCUGUUCCUGCCCUUCCUCCUACUGUCAUACAUGGUCGACAACGUUCUGCGUCCGUCACGCCCUCGCUUGCUCCAUCAAGAGGGGAGAGAACUCGUGGCAGGCCAGCCCCCCUUGAACCUUUCCCUGUUGAUGAUUUGGCGAUGAAAUUAGCAAACCUUCAAAUGGCAACAGCUCCGUCGACUGCGCUGCCUUCCUAUAAUGGUAUUGCUUCUGCAUCACUACCCGCAAGAGUACCUAUUUCUGGUUCUGGUCCACGGAUUCACGGUCCGCAAGUUGUGGAAGAGACAACGUUCCUCCAACAUGCCCCGGCUUAUACCACCGACAAACUUCCACAGGAACGGCCAUUGAGAUCCACGCGAUCUUUCUAUCGUCCAGAGGGGCGAACAGUGGAUACAGCACAGCCACGUCUAGAGUCAUCGCAACGCCACGGAGGUAGACCGACGGCCGCUUCACGCAGACCAGAAGACCCGCCUAUGUGCCGGGGCAAGUCCGUCACCCGUGCAUCUAGAGAUGGUUCUGAGAUUCGCAAUGGCUCAGAGCCUUUAUUCAGGUCUGCCCGUCCAAGCGAAGAUAGUAGAAGACCAACACCAACAGUCCCUCGCGCCUCCGUAGAUCAAGAUGUCGAGCAGCGUGUUCUUCAGCGCCCUGUUGUCGAGCCGUUACAUUCACGGUCUCAGCCUGUCCAUGUGCCAAAAACACAGGUCACCCAGCAACGAGUCUUUAUUGGAGAUAUGCAAAGAUUCAACACGGUGGAGAUUACCCCGACCACCAACGCUGGCGAUGUCGUUGCCUUGAUUGCAAGCCAAGGAUCGUUGGAUGAUGCGGCAGUCUGGAUGCUGUUCGAGCUUGCGAAUGACUUCGGCAUGGAACGCCCUAUCCGAAGUUACGAGCUACUAUCAGAUGUCACUGCUUCCUGGAACAAAGACAAACUUUUGAAUGCCUUUGUGGUCAAGCGCACCUACCUGGCGCCCUUCCUGAGCCGCUCGAACAUACCCACAAGCUCACCUACCAACCGCGGAUAUAUCGAAUAUGAGAGCAAGAAGGGCAAGUGGAGCAAACGUUGGAUGGAAUUACGAGAGCACAGCUUGUGGUUGGCCAAGCGUGACACGGGAAAGGAUGAGACUUUCCUGUGCUCACUCUCCAAUUUCGACGCGUACUAUAUCACUAGAAAACGCAAGUCUCCUAAACCGUUCGUUUUUGCCAUCAAAUCUACUGACAACAUCUCACUAUUUGAGAAUGUGUCGGACUAUGUUCAUAUUUUGUCAUGUAAUCAAAAGGAUGGCGAGAGAUGGAUGGAAGCGAUUCUUGUAGCGCGAUCCUAUGUGCUUUUCCAGGAACGACAUGUCCUAUUCGCAAAACCAGGGGAAUCUACUUCGAUCUCUAACAACCUAUCUCGGUCUCAAACUAGAAAACAGUCCAUUUCUACGCGCCCUAGUCAACCUCUCGUUAAUGUCUCAGCUCCCUUCAGCGCAUCAACUACCGCCGUCACAUUCGAACCUGGCUCUCUCCUGGCUAAACACAGAGAUGUCAUAUCAUGA